AUGAUGUGUGGGCAUGACUCGAACCUCCGUGAGACGAGCCCCAUGCUACCGCGCAGGGCUCCGUUGCGCACAUCGUACUCGCACGCCGCCCUCAACAACACCGAGUUGAACCGCCCCAGCUGCGGCGACAGGCGGCGGGCACACAGUGUGCCGGUGUACACGCGACGUGAUCAACGUCUCAUGGCUUUGUCGCCAAUAUUAUUCGAUCGCUACUACAUGGCUGAAGGCGGUAGUUUGGUUUCAAGCGCGUUCAACCUCGCCUCUGCCACUUGUGGCGCCGGUGUGCUCGCGUUGCCAUAUGCGAUGCAGCACUGUGGGACCAUCAUAGGCACUACCACUCUCAUUUUCGUCUGCAGCCUUAGCAUCUACAGCGUGUUCCUCUUGACGAAGGUUAGCACCUUGACAAAGCUCAUGACAUAUGAGGAGCUUGCAGUCGAUCUCGUCGGCCCUAUAAUGGAGAAGUUGAUGGUCACGAUCAUUGUCGUCUUCUGCUGGGGUGUGGCUGUCAUGUAUAUAGUGAUGAUGGGUGACUUUAUUGUUCCGCUCCUUGAAGCGACUGGGCUGUCCGACAAGGUCGAUCGCCGCACCGCCCUGGUGCUGUUCUGGGCCCUUGUUAUGUUCCCCUUGUCGUUGGCUCGCAAUAUCCAGACGUUGCGCUACGCCUCCAUCAUCGGCACCGUUUCCACCCUCCUUCUCGCCGGUGCCCUCGUGGAGCGCUUUGUGCAGCAGAGCAGAGAAGGCACACAAGACUUAAGGCUCGACGCCGUAAUGCACACCGCCUCGCAUGUGCCGCUGGCCCGCUGGGACGCGGGGGUGAUUAGCGCACUGACUACGUUUGUGUUCAGCUACGGCUGCCAGCCGGUAGCACCAAGGAUCUACGAGGAACUCAAGGACCGAACAGUGAAGCGGAUGUGUGUGUGCACAGCGUGCUCCCUGACAGCGGUCACUCUCAUUUACAUUGUCGCUGGCGUCUUUGGCGCCAUGUGCUUCGGCGACUCAGUGGCACCAAACGUGCUGGUAAACUUCGCGAGCCACCUAGACGCUUACCCAGCCCAAGUCGCGUACCUCAGCAUGGCCAUCUCCCUCACGAUGGGGUUUCCUGUGACGAUCUUUCCGACGCGCGACUCGGUGCUCAUGGCGAUGGGCUACCGCACCGAGGAGAACCCCGUUCCGGGAUGGUUGUCCAGGACCAUCGCCGGCCUCCUCGCCCUACUGGCGCUUCUCAUCGGUAUUGCUGUGCCGAGCAUUCGCUUUUUUUUCGACGUACUGGGCGGAGUAUGCGGUGGGUCCCUCUCCUUCUUGUUCCCCGCUCUCUUUGCGCUGCGCUCUGGCUACUGGACUAAGGCAGAGGUAGGGUGUCGCCACGUGAUUUUGACGUGGAUGACGCUCGUGUUUGGCAUCAUGAUGUGCUGCUUGGGCACGUAUAAUGCGGUGAAGCAGAGCUUCUUUUAG